GGUGCACGCCGGGAAGCCGCCGCCCAAGAUGGCGGCAGGAUUGAAAAGUUGGUGGCGCUGAGGUGCUUCUGGGCGGGCCGCGGCUGGGAGCGGGAGCCGGGCCUCGGCCGAGCUCUAUGGUCGCUGCCAGGCAGUGAGCCCGGUCACCUGGGCCCCGCCGCGCACCGAGGCCGGGCGAGCACGGCCGCUGCGGGGAUGCCCCCUGGGGGGCCGGGGCCGCCGCCGCCGGAGACAUGGAGGAGGAGGGCAAGAAAGGCAAAAAGCCUGGAAUAGUGUCUCCUUUCAAACGAGUCUUCCUGAAGGGCGAAAAAGGGCGAGAUAAAAAAGCCCAGGAGAAGGUUACAGAGAGACGGCCUCUGCAUACGGUGGUGGUGUCCCUGCCUGACCGUGUCGAACCAGAUGUGCUGCUGAAUGACUACAUUGAAAAAGAAGUGAAGUAUUUAGGUCAACUCACAUCCAUCCCAGGGUACCUGAAUCCCUCCAGCCGCACGGAAAUCCUGCAUCUAAUCGAUAAUGCAAAGAGAGCACACCAGCUCCCUGGGCAGCUGACCCAAGAACAUGAUGCUGUCAUCAGCCUCUCUGCCUACAACAUCAAGCUGGUGUGGAGGGAUGGAGAAGAUCUCAUCCUCAGGGUCCCCAUCCAUGACAUCGCAUCUGUUUCCUACAUCCGAGAUGAUUCUUCUCACUUGGUUGUGCUGAAAACAGCUCAGGACCCUGGGAUCUCCCCAAGCCAGAGUCUCUGUGCUGAGAGCUCCAAAGCACUUACUUCAGGCUCGCUGUCUGAGAGCGGGGUGGUUCCUGUUGAAGCUUGUUGCUUGGUGGUCCUGGCUACAGAGAACAAAGUAACUGCAGAGGAGCUGUGCUCACUUCUCAGCCAAGUCUUCCAGAUUGUUUACACUGAGUCCACAAUAGACUUCUUGGACAGAGCAAUAUUUGAUGGGGCCUCCACACCGACACGGCACAUGUCCUUACACAGUGAUGACUCAUCUACAAAAGUGGAUGUUAAGGAAUCUUACGAAACAGAAGCAAGCACUUUUUCCUUUCCAGAAACCUUGGAUGCAGGUGACAACUCCCCCUCUUCCUUCUCCACUCAGCAGUCUCCACACAUUAAGACAGUCAGCGAGAGUGAGCUGAGCACCACAGCGACAGAGCUGCUCCAGGACUACAUGAUGACGCUCCGCACUAAACUCUCUUCCCAAGAGAUCCAGCAGUUUGCAAUGCUCCUGCAUGAAUAUCGCAACGGGGCUUCAAUACAUGAAUUCUGCAUCAACUUGAAGCAGCUCUAUGGGGACAGCAGGAAGUUCUUGCUCUUAGGUCUUCGCCCCUUCAUCCCCGAGAAGGACAGCCAACACUUUGAGAACUUCCUGGAGACCAUCGGGGUGAAGGACGGCCGGGGCAUCAUCACAGACAGCUUUGGGAGGUACAGGCGGACUCUGAGCACCACCUCCAACUCCACCACCAAUGGCAACGGCGCUGCCGGCAGCUCGGAUGACCAGUCCGUCCCUUCCGAGGAGGAUGAGUGGGACCGGAUGAUCUCGCACAUCAGCAACGACAUCGAAGCCCUGGGGUGCAGCAUGGACCGCGAUUCCUCCUGAGAGCGAGCGGGGGGAGGACGGAGACACCCCACAGCAGUGCCAGGAUCCUCACCUUCCUUCUGGAAGAGGCUUUGGCGCUCCAUCAGGAUGCAGUUACUCUCCCAUCCUCGUUCACAGCUCCAAGGGGCAGCUGGUGCCCUCUUAUCAUGGAGGACCCCAGGGCAGGAGCCCAGCCUGCGGCUAUCUCCAGUUUGGUUUUACUGCUUCAGCAGGGAGACAGGUCGCCUACAGCCCUCUGCCUGGUUUACAGUUUUGCACAUGGUAUCCCUAUUGUAACUGCUCUCCUCCUCCUCUCCUUCCUCCCCCUGUUUUUGAAUGAAGUUUACCACAAUGUGAAUUAUUUAAA